CGUUAUCGGCCUACGAGAACAUCGGAACUCGUUAGUAAGUGGAUCGUAACAUAUGCGUCCGCUAAAGUAUGAGGUGUUUCAUAUGAUGACUCGAGCACACACUGAUGGUCUUUGUGGCGGGGUGGCCUAUAAGUAAGGACGCGAUUGGCCUCCUAGUCCAUCUCUCACCUAUAGCAGACCCAUGCCUAACAACAAACACCGUCUCUACAUCGCCUUCUACCAUCGCACCUCAAAGCCAGGAUUCCAUUUCGCACUCAUACUCUCACCCAAGAACGAAUCUCGCAACGACUACCACAUCUAUCACGCAAUCAACACCAUCAAACAUGGCAUCAAAUUCAAUCUGAACGGCAUGCCACAGUGGCGAUUCGAACACAAAACCGUGAAUGGUUUCCGGAAAGGUACAGCCAUAGGAGGAAGGGUGCUCAUCGCAAAGCUGCCUGCCCAUGAACCGGUCGUUACGUAUGCAGAACGCAUCCAUGAUAUCCUUGCGCAAGUGCCACUCGUACAGAAUGAUGCACAGUGGGAUUGCCGAGUGUGGAUGAUUGAGGCAUUAGCUGCGCUGCGAGCCAAAGGCGGUGACUUCAGCACGAUCCCUGAGGUCACGAACAGAGACCAGGCUGAUGGCGAAUUGAAGAGGUUCGGUGACACGGUCAGGGAUAUCGCUUUGAAGGGGCGACCUAGCGGUGUUAGCGAUCUGCCGCAUAUCGACAUGAGAGUUCGUUGAAGAUGAGGACUGCCAGAUACAACAUUGUUCCCACUUGUGUCCAUAAUUCAUGUAGUAUCAAGAUCUAUCAGUGAGAUGACAUAUCGACC